AUGAUGGCUGGUGCUACACGCAGUGCCCUCUUGCAACGUCGACCUGGUAAGCGACCGUUUAUUCUCAGUCGAUCCGCAUUUGCUGGAGCUGGUAACAAGAUGUUGCACUGGUUUGAAGACAACUACUCUACCUGGGAGGACUAUCGCUUCUCCAUUGCCGAGCUGCUCACCUUCACGACCAUGCACAACAUGCCCAUCGUCGGAUCCGACAUCUGCGGGUUCGGUAGCGACGCCCAGGAGAAGAUGUGCGCGCAGUAG